GAAAUCACACGCAGGAUGUUCCCAGACGUCACUCUGAUUCAACAACGUGUGGCCGCAGCGUCAAAGAUGAAUCCUGCAGUGCCAGAGCUUGCGGAAUUUUUGGAAGAACUCCAGGUCACAGCGACCCCAAUGGAUUCAUACUCUCUCCCGGCAAAUGUCACGAGGAGGUUGCCAGAGAGCUAUUUCAAGAAGAAGUCGCUGACUCUCUUUUGCUCAGAGGCCAAGGACAUGGAUGACCUGAUCGUGAAUGUGAGGCCAGACGCGGAUCUUUUGGCAGACGAACGAUUUGUCGAGACAAUUCGGCCCAAGGGGCAGAUGGUGUUUGAUCAGACUCCGUUCCAAGGACUGAAAGUGCUGUCUAGAGGGUCCGCCCUGGGAAACAAGAUCGUGAGGACACGUCACCGAGACCCGACUUCGGAGGACAGCGCAAUCUACGUGGAACUCGAUUUCCUCGGUGACCCGAGCGACAUGCGAGUCGUCAUUCACACUGAGCCUCCUGAUGCAGACUGCAUCCGCGAAUUAAUGGCAUGUUCGAUUUUGGUUGCCAAGGACGUGGUCUCAGAGGCAUUGGGCACGGAAUGGCACGGAAGAUUUGCUGGACGCCGGGGAAAUUCGAGGCGCAUUGGCAGACAUUGCUUGCUUGCAUUUCUGGUGUGCGAGGCGCUGAAGCAGCCGAUUGCCGCGUAUGAGAACGCACCGAGACACCAUUGGGCCCAGGCGGGGCAGGGUCCGCCAGAGACCCUGAUGACCGCGCUUGGCCUGUGCGGUCUCAAGCAUUUUUCAGGAGUGGACUUCCGACCCCUCCGCAAGAAGGGAGCGUUGGCUUCGGCGGCCUUCGGAGCAAUGGAUGCCCAGUCCGAAAAAUUGAAGGCCCAAAGUAAGAUGAUGCACAGGGUGUCCCACUUUCCGAUGGAAUCGAUGAUUGGCAUGGACUACCUCGAUCCUGCCUCGCAACCACACGUCGCCUACAUCUCAUGCUCUGCCAGGUUGCCGAACCACAAUGUCUCUGGAUAUGGACUUGUGCGCCUCCCGGCAUCAGUGAAUGUUGUGGCGAGGAUCCUCGAAACCGCCGCGGUGCUGGAUGUUUUGGUGACGCUCAAAUUGCACGGCUCGGGGAGCAAUCAGGUGUUUAGUAACCCUGGCCUUGAAAAUUUGAUCUCGGAACUUUUGGCCACGGGGUUUGUCUUCGUCAGCAAAGCCUCCGAGGGGCAUUCCCUGCGAGACGCAGGAUGGCUCCGCGAAAAUGCCACGUAUGCGAAUCAGCUGGUCGCCGGGUUCCUCACAGAAUUGGCAGGAGGAGCGGCAUUGCCUGAUGAUGUCUCGAAGGAGAUCAAGAAGAAGCUUGCGCUCUCUGCAGCGGAGACACCUGCGUAUCUGGCAAUGUCACAUGAAUUCGAAGACCGACGUCACAGCGAUGCUGCGCGCAGUAUCUUGGAACUCAACGAGAGGAUCGUCGAUGUCGGAGACAUCAGGGAGUUUGUCCAGGCGAAUGCCGGGCUGAUGGAAGAAGAAGGAACGCCGGCUGAUCUGAAAGCGGCAUACCAGGAACUCAAGGAAUUCGCGGAGGUCCUGCUUCCACCUGAUCCUGACACUUGGAGACAAGUCUUGAUUGAAAAGUGGCAAGACAUGCUUGAUCCUACAGCUGAGGUUUUCAUUUAUGUGAUCUCCCCAGCUCCCAUUGGAGGUCCGGCAGGGAACACUUGGCAUGGAUACUCGCAGAUGAGGACGAGAGACGACGAGGACGACGAGGACGACGAGGACGACAAGGACGACAAGGAGGACAAGGAGGACGAGGAGGACGAGGAGGAGAGGAGGAGAGGUGAUGACAUUUGGGACCCACCCAGGGUCGCAUUGAAGCUGCCUUCGGUAGUUGACAAAGGUCUUUUAAUCCAAGAAAGUGGACUUUUCAUGUUUUGCCCGCCAUUCAUGCCCAAUACAGUGUGCACUGCCACACAUGGGGAUCAGCCGGUCGUGCAAGAUGCUCUACGAGAUGCCAGAUCUGGAGACAGCUUUCUUUGUGUUGCUGAGACUUUGCCGCUUGUUGGGUCUGAGGUUUUGUCUGGUUCUGACAGUUUGAGUGACAUUCACAGCCUAUUUGAUGCAGUUGGGCGUGUUGUUACUUCUUUGGUCAAGACGGUUGUUCAGGCUAGCCACUCUUUCCCGGAAUGGACUCAGCAGGUGGAUCAGUUGCAGUCUGACUUUUCGUCUACCAUUGUCAGUAUUGAAACAAGUCUUACCCGCUUUUCUCCAUGGUAUCAGUCGGUCCCUGCUCGGUAUGGCCGGUUUGCCUUCGACGAGCCCUGCAGUUUUAGACCUUUGUUCCUGCGGGAAUGUGCUCUUGUCCCCAGCCAAGAUGACUCGGUCCAAAGAUCCCCUGUGAGCGAACCAGUGAUUGGAGCGCACUUGCAUGAUCUGUUCAAGUCUUGUCACACCUUGGAAGUGCCUGUUUGGUAUGUU